AUGAGUGCGAAAGAAACUCAGGAUGAAGUAGAUUGGGAAAUGACUCAUAACUGUAUUCACAAAUUAUUAUGUGGUGUUCAUUCAACUGAAGAGAUUAAACAUUCCAUUGAAAAUCUAUUCAACAAGUUUUUACUUUCGAAAUCUGACAGUUCAAUUUAUAGAUUCUUCCAAAGGGAGUAUUUUACCUUUAUGGAAUUAAAUCCAUAUAGACGAUAUUGCAUUAUACAAUUUAUUCUUUUAUUAGAUCUAAAUUACAUUUCCGAACGUGUUUUAGUCAUUUUGUCCAAUAAUGAUCUGGAUCAUGUAAAUUGGUCUCACAUUCUUCAACUGAUAUCUGUUAUGAUUACAUGUAUUAAAGGAGGUGUAUCCACUGUUAAAUUUAUGAUUCAUCAACUUCUAUUGUCAUUAUUCAAUUCAAAUAUGAAUUAUAUCAACAAUGAUAAUGUUGAUUUAGAUUGUUUACAUUUAUUAGAUGAUGUAUUUAUUCAUAAAAGUCAAUUGGAUGUUUUAAAAUCAAACAAACAUGAUAAACAAUUACUGCUAGGAGUUUUAUUAAUUGCACGUCAAUUAUGCUCAGAAGAUAAUCGAUUAACUGGGAUAAAUUAUAAACAAUGGUGGAUGGAAACGUUUUCUAAUCCAUUACUAUCAACACAUAAUAAUAAUACACAGAAUGUUCUUUCAUCACGUUGUGCUGUAGUUUAUUUUUGUGAUUUACUCAUUGAACUAUUACCUUGGGAAACAGAUCCAAAAUUUCUACAAAUUCAAGUCAACACUCGACCGAAUUGGUUUAAUCCUGUAAAACGUUCAAUGAAUAAUAAUCGAAUCAAAAUUCAUACUGACAAAAUUCGUGUAAAACCGACUGAAGUAAUUAUGUCAUUCAAUGAAGAUGAGUUAAUAAUGCCGAUUGAUUUGGAAUGUACAAAUAUGAUAACUGAUAAUCAUAAUUAUAAUACCUACAUAGAAUCUUGUAUAAAUCGAUGGAAUGAUUAUUGUGAAAUUGCACAAGGAAGGUUAGCUGAAUUAAGGGAACACUGUUGUGCAACAAAAAUGGUCACAACGGAUAAAAAAAUCUUUGAUUUUGCAGAUGCUUAUACUACUCCAGGAUGGAGUGAUGUUCUAAAUUGGCUAAAUGAAAUCGCGACACAACGUACUGUUGAUCAUUGUAGUGGUGAUAUUUCUAAAUGUCGAUUACCGUCCGAAUGGAAUGAAGUAAAUCUGUUUCGUCCACGUUGGCUUCGAUCUACACUGAUUCCAGCUUUAUUAAAUGCACCUGAAAUAGAACAUUUAUCAGACGAGUUAAAAUUUGCACGUGAACAAUUAUUACAGGGGAUACGUUCAGCUGGUCUAUCACAUUUAUUGAAUUAUACAAAAGGAAAAACCUCAACCACAAAGACGAUUACAAAAACAACGACAACAACCAAGAGAAAGAAGAAACGGCCAACUUGUACUACACAACUAUCUUCAACAUCUAAACAAUACAGAAUGCCCAAUAAAAGCGGAUUGUACAAUCAAACAAAUAAAAUUUAA